AUGGGUCAAUUCAUAGAGAUACUACAAGUCAUUAAGGCCAAGUUGGAAACUCAAACAACAAUCGUUUUAGAAGUCACUGGUCCUACGGUUGAACCCCAACCUGCAAGAACAAUGCCUACUACUUGGCUAAUAUUUGGUUUACCUCCCAGCUUUACACCUCUAGUUGAAGGAUCCCCUAGCAUAGUACAAUCUACUCAGCAGACAGUUCCUCUACCAACUACCAAUGAAGCUCAUCCCGUGGUUCACACAUUUGCACCACCUUAUGUCCAUGCACGUGUGCAACCUUAUUUCGAAGAUCAACAACAUGCUCCUGAUUUUUCUGAUGAAGAUGAUGAAAUGCAUGAAGACAUAAGAGGAAUGAAAGAGAAUUUCCAGAUUCUUGAGAAAAGGUUAAGGGCUAUGAAAGGUGAUCAAGUGUUUGGUGUUGCUGCUAAGGAGAUGUGCUUAGUGUUUGGCCUUGUGAUUCUCGUGAAAUUCAAGACCCUUGGUUUUGAUAAGUAUGAAGGCCACUCAUGCCCCAAAAGUCACCUCAUCAUGUACUAUCGGAAAAUGGCUGCGCACGUCGAGGACGAUAAACUUAUGAUAUAUUUAUUCCAAGAUAGCUUGAAGGGUGCUCCCUCUAGGUGGUAUUUAAGCCUUGAUCAAAGUAGAAUUUGUUGUUUCCAAGACCUAUCUGAUGCUUUCAUCCAAUAUUAUAAAUAUAACAUGGAUAUGGCCCCGAAUAGGAGGCAAUUGCUCAGCAUAUCCUAG